AGACGCAAAAUUGACUGGCACAUUCUUCCCCUGAUGUGUAUCCUCUAUUUGAUCCAGUUCAUGGACAAAACCACGCUCGGGAGCUCUGCUAUACUUGGUCUCAAGACAGACACGCACUUGAACGCAACCGAGUAUAAUUGGCUAGGAACCAUCUUCUACAUCAGCUACCUGAUUUUCGAGUAUCCCCAAAAUCUGGCUUUCCAACGGUUUCCUGUCGGAAAGUGGAUGAGUAUCAAUGUCCUUGUUUGGGCGAUCGCUAUGUGCUUCCACGCCGCAUGUAAGAACUUUGCCGGGCUUUUUAUCGUACGUUUCAUCCUCGGAAUGUGCGAAGGGAGCAUCACUGCGGGAUUCAUGAUUACUAGCUCAAUGUUCUACACACGCAAAGAGCAGAUUACCCGAUUCGGAUACUGGUUUUUGAUGAAUGGCACGGCUGAAGUUAUCACGGGUUUUCUUGCUUUUGGAUCUCUGCAUAUACAUACGCCAAGUUUUGAGCCCUGGAGGUGGCUAAUGAUCAUUUGCGGGAUAAUUACACUCAUAACUGGCAUCUGCUACUGGUUCUUCUACCCGGAUUCCCCGACGAACGCGUGGUUCCUUACCCGCGAGGAACGUGUUAUAGCUGUGAAUCGCAUUAAAGAGAACCAAGCCGGCGUCGAAAACAAGCAUUUCAAGAAAGAACAAGUGAUAGAAUGCCUUAUGGAAAUGAAGACUUGGAUUUUCUUUUUGUAUUGCGCCAUCCACGAUGUCCCGAAUUCUCUCAUCAAUCAAAAUAGUAUCCUCAUUAAUUCUUACGGUUUCACUACGUUUCAAACUACUCUGCUCAGCAGCGCCAGUGGGAUUGUGAAAAUAGUCGGCAUAUUAACAGGUACACAUAUGGCGGCAUACUUCAAGGAUAGCAUUGCCUACGUCGGGGCGGCGUAUUAUGUACCAGUCGUAAUAUGCUCUAUCCUUGUCAACGUCUUGCCCUUAUCAGACAAAGGUGGACUACUCACAAGCAUAUAUCUUACCCAAAUCAGCACUACUCCUUUUGCGCUCUCACUUGCGUGGGUAACGCAGACAACAGCUGGUCACACGAAACGUAUUACAAUGAACGCGAUCAUGCUCAUUGCAAACUGCGUAGGAAAUGCCGUCGGUCCUCAGAUGUGGCUAGCGAAAUAUGCCCCUCGUUUUCAUGUUCCAUGGACUGUUAUCGCGAUCUGCUAUACCGUUGCUGCAGUGCUUCUUCUAGUUCAGCGCUAUAUGCUUAAGAAGGAAAACAAGAAGCGUGAUCGCGAACCACCAGAUACCACGUAUGAUGAUGUUUGGGUCAAGGUCACAGACGAGAAUGGAGAAGUUGUCGAGAAAAGGGUUGAUAGAGCAUUUCUCGACCUUACCGAUCGUCAGAACAGGGACUUCCGUUAUGCGCUUUAG